AUUUGCUAAAGGUCACGAUCCAGCAGCAGAAGCCCAGACAAGAUCUCUGAAGAUGCAGCUUCUUGUGAGACUACACCAAAAACGGAGAAGAAGAAGACAAAGAACUCCUGGUGCAAGAUAGGACCUGGGAUGCCUCUGUUCCCGAGGGACCUGGCUGACCUGUUUGGCUUGAGGCCCCAAGUGCCAAACCCCGGCCUUGGCAAUGGAGGUCUCGGCCCCCGGCCAGCUCAGGGGACCUUGGCCCAGGAGCCGCGGAGCAGCGCUGGCCCCAGGGUCACUGCCAGGGAGGCCAAGGCGAAGGCUGAGCAUGGCUCAGCCUCACAAAAAGGCCUCCCACUGAGCCGGGCCAAGGAGCUGGGUCAUCCCAGCAGUCCUGGUCUUAGCAGUGACAAAGAGAUGAAGGAAGGCUUUAGAAAGAUCCGUGCUGCAUUGUGGCAGUUGGCUGAAGAGCACUUAGAGCCAGAGGACAUAGAGCAUAUAAUGGAAGGGAUUAAGAAUAGAAGAAAAAAUAAUAGAUUCUUGCAGCUUCCUGAGACAGUUGAGCCUGGAGAUGAAGCAAGGAUUAGCCUACCACCUAUCGAUGGCACAGCUUCUGGAGUGCAGAAAAAACACCCUGGUGGUGCCUUGAAGAAAAAGGUCUUGAGAAAGCAGGACAGCGUGUCCUUACCGCCCAUCGUCCAUGGGGAUGCCAGCGUCCCAAGCAACUCCUCAGUUCUGCAGCCGUGUUUUCUGCUCUCCCAGCAAGGGCUGUCUCUGCGUGGCAGUCAGCAGCUCGGUGCAGUCGUGCUGCUGCUCCCAGCAGUGCCCGAUGGCUCCUCGCUGCCACCAUCCCACGGGCUGCAAUGCCAGGAGGGAACAAGCAGUGCCUCCUGUGCCACCCAGCAAACAGAGUGGCUGUGUGCAGCAGAUGACAGGCACGAGGGGCUGCCUGCAGCAAAUCCACAGCAGAUGGUCCCUCGUGGCUCUUGUCUCUCCUUUGUGGGUAGCCUGCCUGUGCUGUGA